GACAUGCCUAGUAAACAUGAUCACGAGAGAGGAAGUAUCUUUAACUCCUCUCUUAGAAUGGAGCGACAGAACAGUACUGGGAAAAAAAAUAAAAAGACAAAAAACUUUCGCUCCAUCUCCAAGUCUCUAAUUCUCUGCAACGCUAAGAACAGUGAUGAUGGGUCAAGCCUGGAGGAGAAAUACACUGAAAUAACAGAGAUACCACAAUCCAGCAUACAUGCGUCUGAGUCACUAGCAGCUGAUCCGAUCCAAAAUUCUAUCUCAAUUCCAGAUCCCAUGAUCCGGAAGAUCAUUCUGUCAAAAUCUGCUUCAACUGAUAGAACUCCCAGUAAACCAUCAGAGCCAGCUUUGGACCAUUUUAUAGAAAAUCAAAGUACACUGGAAAACCAUUGCCUGUUCCAAAUGAAGCCACCUUGUCUCAGAGCGCGAAGCAAUUCCACAAGUGUCAAUCCCUAUUGGAUUGGUGAUAUAGACCCUCCAGUAACUAAGAAGUCAGCUAUUUUUACUGAAAGACAGUCAGCAAACCUGUGCAACAACCGGAAGUCGCUGUCUCAGCAGCUAGACUGCCCUGCAGGGGGCGUGCAGGGUGUCACUCGUUCAUCCAGAUCUUUGAGUUCCGCACAUCUAACGAACAUACGAAGUCCAUCACAGGCCUCUGUUAUUUCAAAUAUCAUUUUAAUGAAAGGCCAAGGCAAGGGACUUGGCUUCAGCAUUGUUGGAGGAAAGGACAGUAUUUAUGGACCUGUAGGCAUUUAUGUGAAGACCAUAUUUCCGGGAGGUGCAGCUGCUGCCGACGGCCGAUUACAAGAAGGGGAUGAAAUUCUGGAACUUAACGGGGAGUUGAUGGAUGGACUAACGCAUUAUGAUGCUCUCCAAAAAUUUAAGCAAGUAAAGAAAGGCGUGCUUACUCUGACAGUUCGGACAGGACUCGGCACUCCAGAUGUGAAACCCUGUCACUUCACUUCUCAAAUGUUUCGGUCCAAAAGCUCCAGCACAUGCGCGGUGAGAGAACAUUGCUCUCUUCAGUCGGAAAGCUCUGCAUUUUUACUCAGCUCCCAUAAACCUAAUGACCGAGUGCUAAUGGAGGUGUCACUACACAAAGAGUCAGGCGUUGGUUUGGGUAUAGGAUUGUGCAAUGUCCCCCAGUGUGGUGAGAUUUCUGGAAUAUUUAUAUUUACACUGUCUCCCGGCUCUGUGGCCCACAUGGAUGGAAGACUCAGAGGAGGUGACGAGAUAGUGGAAAUCAAUGAGACUCCAGUCAGCAAUAAGUCUCUUAAUGAAGUUUACUCUCUCCUAAGCCACUGCAACCCUGGACCUGUCACUAUCCUGAUUAGCAGACAUCCUGACCCAAAGAUCUCAAAGCAACAGCUCAUGUUGGCUGUCUCUCAAGCUGUGGAAAAGGAUCAUGCCCAAUUGAAUUUAGAAGGUGAUAAAAUGAUAACUUCAUGUUGCCACGGGAAAUUGCACUGUGAGAAUUGCAUUGAGAAGCAUGCUGCACACCUGUGUUACACUCGUAGUGAGCAGAAGCAAAUGAUUCGGUCCAGCAGCGACAGCAAUUAUAACCCCAGGUCACUAUCUGGUAAUAUCGACCCCUGCUAUGAUUCAACAACCAAAGGGCACAGCAUAGAUGUCCCUACGAGAAUGGAACCUACUCUACUGCAUUAUUCUUCACCAGUGAAACGGGAAAAUAAUUCACCAAUUGGCAAUGAGAUGCUGACCAUAACACAGGGUCCCUGUAGGAAAACCAGCAGACAUUCGGGGGAGAUUUUGGUAAAGAAACCAAGGACCUCAAAACCCACACCACCACCCAGGAAAUACUUUAAAGACGAUACGAAGGAGGAUGAAGCAGGAAACUUGCAACUAAAGGGAAACCAGCAUACUACAGCCAAAAGCUCAUUAGAUAGAUCUUCAUCAACCAGUGAGACAUCACUCACGGCAACUGCUGAGCAAGAAAAGCUUUCACCUGCAGGAAAUCCAACUCAAUUACAACACAGGCCAUUGCUUAGAAGACAAGCGCAUAUCGACUAUAGCUUUGAUCCAACGGUAGAAGAUCCGUGGGUCCGAAUCUCUGAUUGCAUUAAAAAUUUAUUCAGUCCGACUGUUAACGAAGACCGUGCUCUUAUGGAUCUUGAAGGGGGACUAAGUUUAGGGGAUCACAAAAAUGCUCAUUCCCCUACUGAGCAUGUCAGACCACCAUCUGAAUGUGAGGAGCCUGGUUCCCAAAUAUGCAGACCAGAUGAAACAAUCAGCUUUAAAAAGGGCCCUCCGGUAGCACCAAAGCCAGCAUGGUUCCGCCAGAGUUUAAAGGCCUCUAAGAAUUCAGAUAGAAAAUCAACUGAAGGCUCUUUCCUGACUAAGCCCAAAGAUCCAAAUAAUAGCUUCAAGUUAUCAACCAGUUCCAAUAGGACAUCAAUAAAACAGAAGAUCAGCUCGUUUGAAACAUUCAGCACACAACAUUUUGUUGGCAAAGGAAAUGAUACGCCUCAUGUCAAACCCCAAGUUCAGCAAGGAAAACCUGCACACACAAAUGAAGUAGAAUGUGUUACGGUUUGUUUUAACAAAAUUAAUGUGAGCACUGUUGAAAAUAAAGUGCAAGAUAAACUUGAACCAAAAAUAGAUGUUCCUAAGGUUAAUGAGAAAAAUGACCCAAUACUAUCUCACUCCCCACCAAAAAACAAUAUUCUGAGUGCAAGAAGAAGCAGCAGUACUGGUAAUGAACCACAGUUUUACAUUCCAUGUACCGAACUGACUGAGCCUAUACCAUACAAGGCCCCCAGUCUGAGAUCUAGGAGCUUCCCAUUGACCAAGUCCUCAUCAAUCGAUGCUACAACAAUGAGUGAAAAUUGCAGCAAGAUUUAUUCCAUCAGCAACCAGGUGUCUUCAGCUUUGAUGAAGUCCUUGCUAUGUUUUCCCCCGCCGUCUCCUCAGUCUCCGGGCACUGAUCCAUGGCAACAUGACACAGCCACAACAGACGAGAGCCAGUAUAGCUCAUCAAAUGAGAAUCACCACUUAGACUCAGGGUUCUCUGUGAACCUCUCUGAAUUAAGAGGAUAUGGAUCAGGGAACACAGAGAAGAAGGAAGAAGAUGCAUCAGAAAAGUUGUCUGUAGCAGCAACAUCUUCUGGCCAUAGUGGUCAGUCUGUCAUAUCAUUACUUCCACAGGAAGAGCUAACAAGACUUGUAGAGGAUGUCAAAGAGCUGGAUGAAGAAACUCUCAAGCAAUUUGAUGACAUUCACGUGGUUGUCCUGCACAAGGAGGAAGGUACCGGCCUGGGAUUUAGUCUUGCUGGAGGGCAAGACUUGGAGAGCAAAGCUAUCUCUGUGCACAGGGUGUUUCCAAAUGGUCUGACUGCACAGGAAGGAACAAUUCAGAAAGGUGAUCAAGUCUUGUCCAUCAAUGGGAAGUCUCUGAAGGGCGUGACGCACUAUGAUGCGCUGGCAAUUCUUCGUCAGGCUCGUCAUCCUAAACAAGCGGUUAUUGUUGUAAAGAAAGUAAAAGAAGGAGGACAAAGUUUGGAUUCAUCAGAAAACAGUGUUCUGACUGAUAAUCUCUUGGCAUCAAAUUCAGAUGAUUCUGAGGAGGUAAUUGCAGUCACGCUUGAAAAGUCUUUGGCUGGUUUAGGAUUCAGCUUGGAUGGAGGAAAGGGCUCUGUUCAUGGAGACAAACCAAUAGUCAUCAAUAGAAUCUUUAAAGGUGUGUCAGAAAAGAACAAUGCUGUGCAGUCUGGGGAUGAAUUACUGCAGUUGGGAAACAUCACUUUGCAAGGUCUAACAAGAUUUGAAGCGUGGACGGCCAUCAAGACCUUACCCAACGGUCCUGUCCAGGCCAUUAUUAGGAGAAGUGGCACUGAUUGUAGUAUGAGGGACUGAUGGACAACACGUGACCAAAAUAAACAAGUGAAUUCAGUACUAUCACUCAUUCUUGCUACUGCUGCACGCAUAGGCAGAUCUGCUUUGACCUUGGCGAACGACUGUGUGAUGAUGGCACUCCAAAUCUUUGUGAACUAUACGUCCCAAUGUUCUGAGGCCUCCUAAUGGCUGGCUGAGCAUGAGGGCAAAUGUAGUUUAUGAUCACCUGGUGUUCCAAAGUUAGCUAUGGCUGCCCAAUUGUGGUCUAAUGACGAUUUUGUAAUAACCUGUUAACAGUUUAUGUCCCUGUCUAUACAUAGAAGUAAGUCACUUCAUAGAAGCUCAAA